GUGUCAUAAAAUCUUGUUAAGAAAAAGAAAAUCCCGUUUCUCUUUUUUAAAAAGUUGAUACCUUCAUCUUUAAUCCCAAUUCAUUCGUGGAACCAUAAAUUUUUUCAAUAAAUUUGCAGAGAAGAAAACGAAUCGAAUCGUUUCUUGAAGAAUACCCAUUUUUCCCACUCUCAAAUCCAAUCACGUUCUUCAUCUUCUUCCCCCCUUUUCAAAUUUCUUCAGAAAUUGGGUCUUUCAAUGGCGGAAGAUUUCGCCAGAGCUGUUGAUGAUGGCCUCCGUCUCUCCAAGAGACUGUACUUCGGCAAAGACCGAGCCGUUGCGCCUCCGAGAUCGUUCCCCACCAUGGAUAGGAUGGAUCAUUCAUUUCUUCCUACGGCUCCGAUGGUUUAUGCUGUAAUUCAUGAUCCUGGAAUCGUGGAUAACCCCGAUAUUCCAAGCUACCAGCCCCAUGUUCAUGGCCGCUGCGACCCACCGGCUUUGAUUCCGCUUCAGAUGAAUGGAAUUGAGCUGCAGGCUGAUUGCUAUUUGGAUACCGCCAUUAUUCGGAUCACUGGCUCUUGGAGGGUUCAUUGCGUUAUGGGUAGUCGGAGUUGUGAUUGCCGCAUUGCAAUUCCUAUGGGAGAACAGGGUUCAGUUCUAGGUUGUGAGGUAGAUGAUCCUAGAAAAUCACAUCGAACUUCACUUAUUGCACUAGAAGAUAAAAGUAAAAAUGCUUCGGAAAAACCAGAACGAGUAGAUGGAGGUUUCUUGACUUCGAGUAUCUUUACCCUCACAAUCCCACAGGUUGAUGGGGGCACCACUCUGUCUAUUACCAUGAGUUGGUCUCAGAAACUACUAUACAACUCAUCAGGCAAUCUCAGCUUGAAUGUUCCUUUUACUUUUCCUGAAUAUGUCAUCCCUGCAGGGAAGAAAAUGUCGAAAAAGGAGAAGAUAGCGUUAACUGUGAAUGUUGGCUCUGCAGCUGAGGUUUUGUGCAAGACAACGAGUCAUCCUUUAAAGGAAUCAAUGAGAAAACCUGGAAAGCUGAGCUUUGUAUACGAAUCAGAAGUUCUCGCAUGGUCAAAAGCUGAUCUUAGCUUCUCAUAUAGUGUUUCUUCAAGUCAAAUAUACGGUGGUAUUCUCCUACAUUCUCCUCCUGUGGAUGAUGCUGAUCAAAGAGAGAUGUUCUGCAUGUACUUGUAUCCAGGAAAUGAACAGGGAAAGGUUUUCAGAAAGAAGAUGGUGUUUGUUGUUGACAUAAGUGGAAGUAUGCAAGGCAAGGCACUCGACGAUGUGAAAAAUGUACUAUCCACAGCCUUGAGUAAGCUUCCUCCAGAAGACAUGUUUAAUAUUAUUGCUUUCAACGACGAAGCUCGCCAAUUCUCAGAAUCCAUGGAGAUGGCCACCAAGGAUGCUGUUGAAAGGGCCAUCCAAUGGAUAAAGAUGAAUUUUAUUGCAGGGGGUGGCACUGAUAUUUUACUUCCUUUAACAAAGGCCACUGAGAUGCUGAAUGAAGGGGGUACUGGUGGUUCAGUUCCUAUCAUCUUUCUUGUUACCGAUGGUGCUGUCAAAAACGAGAGACAUAUUUGUGAUGUGAUGCGGAACAAUCAAACAGAAAAGCAAUCCAUUCAUCCUCGUAUAUAUACUUUUGGUAUAGGUACAUUUUGCAACCACUAUUUUCUAAGGAUGCUUGCAAUGAUCGGUAGGGGUCGAUAUGAUGGUGCUUACGACUUAGAUUCGGUUGAACCCCGAAUGCAGAAGUUGUACAAAAGAGCUUCAUCCACUACUUUUGUUAAUAUAGCCGUCGACGCAUUCGACGAUCUCGAUGAAGUCAAGGUUUAUCCUUCCUCAAUUCCAGACCUUGCUUCUGAGAGUCUAAUGACUGUAUCUGGCAGAUACUCUGGAAAAUUUCCAGACAUUGUCAAGGCAAGAGGCCUCUUAGCCAAUUUGGAUAACAUUAUCUUAGACUUGAAGGUACAGCAGGCAAAGGAUAUACCUCUUGACAAGUUAUUUGCUAAAGAUCAGAUUGAACAACUCACAGCUGAGGCUUGGUGUUCAGAAAAUAAACAACUGGUGGAAAUGGUUGAAAAGAUGAGCAUGAAAAUGGGUGUAAUGAGUGAGUAUACUCAGAUGGUCAUAUUUCAGAAUGCAGAUAAAGUCCAUGAAUCAAUUAAAGUGCAACAGUCGAAGAAAAAUGCUUAUGAGAAAAUGGCAGCACCUAAAGGUGACAAAAUGAUGCUGUUACCAUUCUGUGGUGUUGGCUUUGGAAACUUGGAAGCAACUUCUGAUAACACUCCUCUCGGAAUUGGUGAGAAAAAACCCGAGGCUGCCGAAAUAUUCGUCAAAGCAGCUUCGAAUUGUUGUGGCAAUUUGUGUAGUUACUGCUGUUGCCCCUGCUGCAUCCAAGCCUGCUCUAGAAUGAAUAAUCAAUGUGCGAUUGCAUUGACACAACUCUGUACCGCUUUCGCCUGCUUCUGUUGUUUCGAAUGCUGUUUAGAGAUGUGCUGCGACACUCAGAGCGUCUCGUAGGUAUACCUGAAACAAAAUUUGUACAAGGUUUGUCAUUAGCAGUGUGUUGUGUAUUAAAUCCCAAAGUUCAUUAUAGGAUUAGAACAGUAAAAUAUACAUGAUUACUGGUGUAAACUAGUCUGUAUACAAGUGUCUUAUUUAAGCAAACCACAGAUGAACUCAAAAAGGAAAAAUGUUCAUAUAAAAAACAUCAGUUUCCCCACCU